GACAACAUUAGCAUUAACAAACAAACAAACAAAUGUUCUUAAACAUAUCACUGUCAUAAACAACGACUUAAGAAUUCUGAUAAAUUUUUGAAUUGAUCUUUCAAUUUGAUCUUUACCACGUCGUAAUAAGAGACUUUGCAUAAAUAUAAUGAAUUAAACUUGUUUUUACUUCCAAAAACAAAUAUUGAAGAGCUUCAAAUUCAGUAUGGUAUAGAAAUCCAAAGUGAAAACAUGUUGCUGUGCUAUAUAAUCAGUGUUUUAAUCAGUGUCAAUGAAGCAGCUAGAAUCCUAGCAGUGUUUCCAACACCGUCAAUCAGUCACCAAAUAGUGUUCAGACCCUUAACUCAAGAACUAGCCAGAAGAGGCCAUGACGUCACAAUCAUCACUCCUGAUCCAGCCUUCCCAAAAGGAGAGACACCAGCUAACAUCACAGAAAUCGACGUACACGAAAUUUCAUAUAAACUAUGGCACGACAGACUACUAACAUCGAUGGGUAAAGGAGAACAGGAUGAUUUGAAAAGCCAAAUAGAAAUCUAUUACGCAACAAUACUUGAAAUAGUACUACAACAGCUACAGAAUGAUGAAGUACAAAAAGUGAUUAGUGAUAAACAUAAGAAGUUCGAUCUGCUAUUUCUUGAAGCGUGUGUGAGACCCGCUCUUUUAUACUCUCAUAUCUACAAAGCCCCUGUAAUACAAAUCAGUUCGUUUGGUGCCAUGCCUGGGAACUUAGAAGCUGUUGGCGCACCGGACCAUCCCAUUCUAUAUCCAAACAUAUUUCGACAAAAAACUAACAAUAUAACUAUGAGAGAGAAAUUCGUAGAAAUCUUUAAGUACUAUGCCUUUAAUAUGAUCCAUAAAGGUUUUGAAGUUACUGAGACGGCAGCGAUUAGGAAAGUCAUUGGACCUGAUAUGCCCGAAGUGGGAGAGUUGUUUAAAAACGUUCAUAUGCUGUUCCUAAAUGUUCAUCCAGUGUUUGAAGGUAUUCGUCCUGUUCCUCCUAAUGUUAUUUACAUGGGUGGUUUGCAUCAAAAUCCUGUGAAGGAGUUACCACAAGAUCUCAAGUCCUAUUUAGACAACUCUAAAAAUGGAGUCAUCUACGUAAGUUUCGGUACUAACGUGAUUACUGAUCAGUUGCCUAUUCAAGUUAAGGAUAUGAUUAAAGUACUCUCUCGUCUUCCUUAUGAUGUGCUACUUAAAUGGGACGAUAACGAACUACCUGGACGACCUACAAAUAUUAGAGUUUCUAAAUGGCUGCCGCAAUCAGAUUUGUUACGUCACCCAAACGUAAAACUAUUCAUAAUGCAAGGAGGUCUCCAAUCUACAGAUGAAGCUAUAACAGCAGGAGUGCCUCUGAUUGGUCUACCUAUGCUGGCAGAUCAAUGGUUCAAUGUGGAACGAUAUGAGUAUCAUGGAAUAGGAAUCAGAAUUGAUUGGGAUACUUUUACUGAAGAAAAAUUCGAAAAUGCUGUUACUAAAAUAAUUGGUAGUGAAAGCUAUCGGCAGAAUGUCAUCAAGCUCCAAACUCUAAUACACGAUCAGCCAAUGCGUCCUCUAGAGCGCGCCGUGUGGUGGACGGAGCACGUGCUGCGUCACGGCGGCGCGAGACAUCUGCGUGGACCUGCAGCCAACAUGUCCUGGGCAGAAUACCACGAAUUAGAUUUAGUCCUCUUCUUAAUAACUAGCCUACUAAUUCUAGUAUUUAUAUUCAUAGCACUUAUUUAUUAUGUUUGUAGAUAUUGCGUAACUUUAAAGAAGCUUAAGGCAGACUGAUGAAUAAACAUUGAUUCUAAUCAGAAGUUUGUGAAUCAAACCCAUCGGUGUGAUGUUGCUUAGAAUUUUGAUCAAGUAUUACAAUAUUUGUUGUAUUUUGUU